GUCCAUUGUCUCAUCACACUCAUUGCGGACGCUGUCCAAACUCCAAAGCAUCUCGUGCACCGUUCCUGGGCUGCCACCUUACUGCCACCGCGAUGUCUUCGUCACCAGCACCGUUUUCUUGGUCGUCCUCAGAACCAUGUGACGGAACGUCGGAAGAGACCCCCCUUCUCCAUCCCAAGGGGUCCUCCCUCGGAAAACACACGAACCCUACACCUCGGGCUGAGGACGACCUCUGCUGCCCAGAGAAGCCCCUUCCAAAGGGGCAGAUCCUCUUGCUGUGCUUUGCACGCAUGAUGGAGCCGAUAGCCUUUUUUUCAAUAUUCCCCUUCAUCGCGCAGAUGGUUCAGAAGAACGGGCAGCUCCCCGAGUCCGAUGUCGGUUUUUACAGCGGCCUCAUCGAGUCGCUCUUUUCGGCCACGCAAAUGGUCGUGCUCAUAUUCUGGGGCCGCCUGGCAGACCAAAUCGGCCGGAAGCCCGUUCUUCUAUGUAGUCUCGUGGGGCUGGCGAUUGGGCCUGUCUUGUUCUGCUUGGCUACGACCAUCCCGGAGAUGAUCUUCUUCCGAUGCCUCGCCGGCAUGUUCUCCGGGUCGGACCUCAUCAUCCGGACCAUGAUUGCUGAAAACAGCACUCCCAAAACUCAAGCCAAGGCCUUUGGGUGGUUCUCUAUCGGGGGCAAUCUCGGCAUCUUCCUGGGGCCGGUUGUGGGUGGUGCGCUCGCCAGCCCUGCUACCCAAUACCCAGCUCUGUUUGGUGGCAUGGAAUUCUUUGAGCGGCACCCAUAUGCGCUUCCGGGCAUUGCUACUGGGGUUAUCAGCCUCACGGGGGCGCUCACCGUCGCUCUCUUUCUCAAAGAAACACUGCCCCAGGAGGAAGGUCGGCAGGAUAGCUCUCCUAGCCAACAGCAACCAGCACCGGUAAUGUCUGUCUCAGAGAUCGUCCAAGCGCCGGGCGUCAUGCUCGUCCUCUCUCUCUACGGGCACGUCAUGCUCCUUGCCUACGCCUUCACCGCCAUCCUCCCUAUCCUCCUCUACACCCCCGUAGACCUGGGUGGUCUCGGCUUCGGUCCUUCCCUGAUCUCCCUCAUCAUGGCCGCCGAAGCCGCUAGUCAAGCUCUCUGGCUCCUCCUGGCCUUCCCCCCACUUCACCGCCGUUACGGUGCAAAGGGCGUCCUUCGCGCGUGCGGAAUCGCUUACCCGCUGACCUUCGCCGGGUAUAUCCUCCUCAACCAGAUGCUCCGACGAGGUGAGGGCAACAGUGUGGUAAUGGCGUGGUUCUGGGUUGCCUGCGCGAUCGAGUCGCUCGUCGGACCGGGUGUAGCGAUGUCCUUUACAGCAGCCCAGCUCGCCCUCAAUGAAGCUACGCCCAGUCCCCAGGUCCUCAGCACUCUCAACGCUAUGGCUCUAACCGCUGCUAGCGCUGUGCGCGCAAUCGCACCUGGUGCAGUGUCGGCGGCGUACGCGGUUGGGGUGAGGAGUCGACUACUGGAUGGGCAAUUGAUCUGGAUAGGGCUAAUACCCCUUGCUUCUAUCUUGGGCGUGAUUGCUAAGUGGCUCCCGGAACGAAGGGGAGAAAACAGCGAGGAGGUUAAUGAUGCUUAAGAGGGAUCGCAGUGUGUUACAUUAUGUUAGUUUGUUCCUACUACACUUAGGAUAUGGUAAUAAAGUAAAC